AGACGCUUUUCCAGCUGAGUACGGCGCAGCAUGUGGAAAAGCGCACAACGUUGCGCACAUUUUGUCGCGCUGUGUACGAAUAAAAAGAAAAAACUAAACAAUUUCCACGCGUUUUCCUUACACAUUCGUGUCGAUUUCUGUUGUUAAUUAAAGCCAGCCGACCUAACAUGUGCAAUUAAAUCGAGCCUUGUAUAAACAAAAACCAAAGAAGAAAAUAUAAUAAAAAAAAAGAGAAACACAGAGCAUUUUCCGAAAUAAAUUCCAUGAAAAGUGUGUGUGUUGUGAGUGAAUCAGAAAAUUCAGAAAAGUACCUGAAAACUGCAUUGAAACUGAACGGAAGUAUCGUGUUUAACACGAAAUGAUAAGAUAAAAUCGACUUCGAUCGGCGAGAUAACCAGAGUAAAGAGGAGCACGAUCCCGAUCAAAAGCACAUAUAUUGCACUCCCCAGUCACAUUCAGCCCAUGUCCGUGGAUUCGUGGCCAUGGAAACUAGUGUAGAGACAGCCAAGGAGUCAAGGACAGCAGCAUCAAUUAGAGGAGCCACAGCAAGAGGAGAUUAGAGGCGGAUUAAGGAGAUCAUGCGCAGCGGUCGAAACUAUGUCCAGCGGCAGAGCGAGACGCUGGAGAGCAGCAGCUUCGAGCUGGAGGAUCAUGACGAUGCCAAGGACGAGCAUGGGGAGCCAGACGAUCACGAGGAGGAGGAGCAACGGCAGUCAUCGGACACGGUGAGCACGCACAGCAGCAGCUCUACCACGCCCACAACAGCGGAUGUGGCAGAUGUGGAGACCAUAAGCUCCCUGCCCCUUUCGCCGCCCGGCUUUGGGGGCAGCCAGCUGGUGAAGCGUCACUCGCCGUUGAAGGACCAGCAGCAGCAGCAGAAGCAGCAGCGGCAGCUACAGCAGGCGGACAACAAAAGCAGCAGCUCCAGCUCCAGCUCCAGUUCGAGCCAGCAGCCGGACGAUGUGCCCACGGUAAGUGGGUGCAAUCUGCAAUCGGGCUCUUCACCUAAUGCCUCCUCCUCUUCCACGACACCGCAGACGUCGCGCUACGCAGCUGCAGCGGCACAUCCCAGCGCCGCCUUUGCAGAAACGGCGGUCACCUCCUCCUCUGGAACUGCGGGAGCUGCCCACAGGCGCACACAUUCGGCGGCCUCCUACAUCUCGAUGAGAUCGCAGGUCGGAUCAGAGCCACCGCCGGAACGACCCAAGCGGAAUCGCUUCUUUGAGUGGCUGCGCGUCGCCUGCAACAUUUGUUGCUGCAAGAGUUCCGGAAUCGGAGAGCCGAGUGUUCAUCAUGCGCUGGUUGUGAUAUUUCUAGAGUUCUUCGCCUGGGGUCUGCUUACGAUGCCCAUUAUAUCGACCCUCAACCAGACCUUUCCGGAUCACACAUUCCUGAUGAACGGCCUGGUCAUGGGCAUUAAGGGCAUCCUCUCGUUCCUGUCGGCGCCGCUGAUUGGCGCUUUGUCGGACAUCUGGGGCCGAAAAUUUUUCCUAUUAGUCACAGUAUUCUUCACCUGCCUGCCCAUACCACUGAUGUCCAUCAAUACGUGGUGGUUCUUUGCCAUGAUCUCAAUAAGCGGCGCCUUUGCCGUCACCUUCUCGGUGGUAUUUGCCUAUGUGGCGGAUGUCACCACGCCGGAGGAGCGAUCCAAGGCAUAUGGCCUGGCCUCGGCCACCUUUGCCGCCAGUCUGGUCAUCUCACCAGCAUUGGGCAAUGCUUUAAUGGAGAUGUACGGCGACACGCUGGUCGUGGCCCUCUCCACGGCCAUUGCGCUGCUCGAUGUGUUCUUCAUUCUUGUUGCAGUGCCGGAGAGUCUAUCGGAGAAGAUGCGUCCAGCCAGCUGGGGUGCGCCCAUCAGCUGGGAGCAGGCGGAUCCUUUUCUGGCUUUGCGCAAAGUGGGCACAGACAAGACAGUGCUAAUGCUCUGCCUCACGGUUUUGCUGUCGUAUCUUCCUGAAGCCGGCGAGUACUCCUGCAUGUUUGUCUAUCUGAAGCUCAAAAUGGGCUUCAACUAUGUGGAGGUAUCUGUUUUUAUAGCCAUUGUGGGCAUUCUUAGCAUAACGGUGCAAGUGACCCUCGGCUCCUUCAUGCAAGUGUUUGGAGCCAAGCGCACGAUCAUUGUGGGCCUAGCCCUGGAAAUCGUGCAGCUGCUGUGGUAUGGCUUUGGCAGUCAAAAGUGGAUGAUGUGGUCGGCUGGCGUUGUGGCUGCCCUGGGCUCCCUCACGUAUCCGGCCAUCAGCGCUUUUGUGUCGCUCUAUGCAGCUCCCGAGAGUCAAGGCGCUGUCCAGGGCAUGAUCACGGGCAUGCGGGGCCUGUGCAAUGGCCUAGGACCGGCUGUGUUUGGGGUGAUCUUUUACCUGUUCAAUGUGGACCUGAACGAUGAUCACGAUGCCCAUGCCAAGACCAGUGGCAGCCGGACUACAAAUGUGGAGAAGAUAUCACAGCAUGUGCCGGGUCCGCCGUUUGUCUUUGGCGCCUUGUGCGUCUUCUGUGCCAUAAUUGUGGCGGCGUUCAUUCCGGAGGGCCAGACCAGCCAGUUGGAGAAGAAACGUGGCUCUCUCGACGUGCAGUACGAGAUUGAGACGGGCCACAAGGCGCCCAGCUCUUUGGCGCCGCUCAUUCGCUCCGAUUCGCUGGCGCAACUGUAGUGGGCUCCAUCGUAGUCGUCCUAACCAACACAACCCGUAAACCGUAAACCCAUAACAGCUGGUGGCUAUAGAGAUACGUUUAAGCAGAGUUAAGGAGUUAAGAGUUUUUUGUAACUGUAAACAAAACAAAUGCUGUAACUAGUUUGGCUUUAGUUUCCGAGUCUAACAUUAAUUGUAGUUGAGCCCGAGAAGAGAUGUUAUUGUUUGUUCUAACAUUAGUUUCCACCUCAGCCCAAGUAUAUAGAUAUAUAUAGAUUUCGUAAUUUAUAUUUAUUAUUGCGAUAAGUAACGUAACAACACAUAGUCACUUAUUACAUAUUGGAUAUAUUGGCCCUUGCUUGCCGGCUUUCCCUGUUCGGUUCUCUUCGGGCUGGGGAUUACACAUCACAGCAGAUAGCUUUGCAACAACAACAACAACAACAAAAUAACUGCCAAACAAACAAAAGUAACGAAAGAGAGAAAAAUUUGUAAUUGUAAUUCGUAAUCUUCAGCAGCAGUUUUCAAGAACAUUUCCAGUUGAGCUUAUCACUUGCUAUCGCCGCCGUAUCUUUCCGUUCCGUCACCGUUUUUAGUUACCACACACAAAUUAGGAAAGAAGAGAUAAAGGAAUCCAAAUAAACUGAAUACCAAGCUUUACUUUGAAAAUUGUAGUGAUUUAAAGUCUAAAAACUCUAAAAAAAAAGAAGCAAGAAUUGAAAACUUACACUGAAACGACGAGAGUCAAGCUAGGCGACUUCAAUUAAAAAAAUAUAUUAAAAAAAAAAGAAAACCAAGAAACCACAUAAAAUAUAUGUAUAUAUAUAUAGAGAUAUGUAUAUCGUAAUGUUUUUAAUUUAGCUAAAUGCGAUUAUAGCGCCGCCUCCUCCCGAUCAUCAUAGUUUUUUAUUUUGAUAAAAACAAAACAGAAGAGCCAGUGCAUAGCCUUUGUCACAAAAAGUCAAUGCUUGAACGUACAUAUAUAUAGGGACAUAUAGCCUGUGUGAGUGUGUAUGACCGCGCUGCGGUAAUCAAAAGUUAUAUUUUUUGAAGUUGCUAACUAACAACCGUGUAAAGUAGUUGCCCCAACUCGCAGACAGACCUAUGGACGUGCACAGCCGGGCAUACACAUCGCACAUAUCCGUGCGAGAGAGGAUCAGGAGCAGCAGUAAGAGUUGGAGUCGGAGUUAGAUGAGAGACAGUAUACAACAAGAAAACUGAAUCCAAAUUUCGAUUGUAAAUUAUUUAACGUGUAAUUUAGUGUUUUAAACGAAACCAAAAUAAAACAACAUUGUUUAAUGAAACGCUA